AAGACGAAGAAGCAGAAGGUGGAGAUCGACAGGGAAGGAAGGAGGGUUGAAAGAUAGAAGGGGAAAAAAAGGAAAGAAGGGAGAAGAAGGAAGGAGGAGUGUUGGGGUGUGUGAGAGGUAGAAGAAAAGGAGGGAGUGUCUAGGUGAGGGUGGGGGGGGGGGAAUUCAAAAUUAGCCAUCAUGGUUCAGGCAAAGAAUGAGAUGUUAUCUACGCUUCCCGCGCUCCUUAGGAGUGUGGGUAAGGCAGAUGACGUGGCAGUCAUCGUGGCCAGUGGCAGCCCUCAAUUGUCCUAUGCGGAGUUGCACGCGGAGGUGGAUCGUGUGGCUGCGGUUCUUCGAAGCUCGUUUGGCGUGGCUCAAGGCUCAGUCGUGUCGAUGGCCUUCCCAAAUACAAUCGAGUUAGUGAUUCUCUUCCUUGCAGUGACGAGGGCUCGUGCGAUUGCUGCACCUUUGAAUGCUGCAUAUAAAGAGGAGGAAUUUCGUUUCUAUAUGGAGGAUGCAGGUGCAGCGUGUCUGAUUAUCCCUGCGAAAGCGGGUGGUGGAUCGGCAGAGAAGGCGGGGACCACACUCGGCAUUCCAGUAGUAGCAGCAGAAUGGAUGACCAGCAGCGAAUCGGCCCAGGCAUUGGGUCUGAAAUUGGUGUCGGGAGCAGUGAAAGGCGAGAGUUCGAUCGAUGAUGAUGACGGUCCAGGCCCUCUGCCGGAACCUGAUGACGUGGCACUCUUUCUCCACACGUCCGGUACCACAAGUCGGCCCAAGGGUGUCCCUCUUACCCAUGGAAACUUAACCGCCUCCAUGAAAAACAUUAUCAGGACCUAUGAUUUGCAAUCUACCGAUCGGACGCUGAUCGUCAUGCCGUUGUUCCAUGUACAUGGCCUCAUGGCGGCGUUGCUGGCCACCUUAGCCGCCGGUGGCACAGUUGUUCUGCCGGCCGCAGGGCGCUUCUCGGCGACUACGUUUUGGCAUGACAUCGCCACUUACGGUGUGACCUGGUACACCGCGGUCCCCACCAUUCACCAAAUACUGCUGAGCCACCACCACAGAAGUCCCCUCGUCGAGUAUCCGCGCCUUCGAUUCAUUCGCAGCUGCAGUUCCUCAUUGCCGCCUCCUGUUCUUCAUUCUCUGGAAGAGGAAUUCAAGGCACCCGUACUCGAGGCAUACGCAAUGACCGAAGCCAGCCACCAGAUGACAUCAAAUCCGCUUCCGGAACAUGGAGGGCAUAAGCCCGGGAGCGUUGGUCGGCCCACCGGGAUCGAGCUUGCUGUCAUCGACUCCGAUGGAAAAAUGUUGGAAACAGGUCGCAUUGGGGAAGUAUGCGUCAAAGGGGCGAAUGUGACCAAGGGGUACGUGAAUAACGAAGAAGCAAACAAGGCGGCCUUCACCGGGGGAUGGUUUCACACCGGGGAUCGAGGAUUCCUGGAUGCAGAUGGUUAUCUGAUGCUGACUGGGCGCAUCAAGGAGCUUAUCAACAGGGGAGGAGAGAAGAUAUCGCCAAGUGAAGUCGAUAACGCCUUGCUCUCGCAUCCUGCUGUGUCAGAGGCUGUGGCAUUUGCUGCACCUGACGAGAAGUAUGGCGAAGUCGUCAAUGCCGCUGUUGUCCUUCACCCCGGUGCGGUCGCCUCUUCAAAGGACAUUAUCGAACACUGCAAGACCAAGGUUGCACCUUUCAAGGUCCCAGCCCAUGUUUUCAUCACGGACUCUGUGCCACGCACCGGAACAGGAAAGAUCCAGCGAAGAUUUGUCGCAGAGAAAUUCCUUAAGGAGGCACAGCAACAGCACGGCCCGGCAGCGAAUCCAGUAGAGGCGUCGGCGAAGUCCGGUAAGGAUGCAAGCUGAGAAGAAUUUGUCCUUUAUGUUUGCCUGUAGUAACUUAGCAAGGGUUUCGAUUCUUUCGGACUUUGAAAUGAAUUCAUGACCAGUCC